AUGGAAACAUCACGCCCUACGAGCCUGGCCAUACCACGCACGGGUUCGCCCUUCACUAACCCACCAACGUUGUCAGAGAUUCUCUCUAAUACAGCACCACCACCAUGGACACUAAGUUCUUUCAUGGCCUUCUUAUCCCAAAACCACUGCCUAGAAACUCUCGAGUUUAUAAUGGAUGCUGAACGGUACAUGAUUAUGUAUCAUCAGAUCGCGCAGGGUCAAGCACCUAAUGGACCGGCAACAAUAUGCUCGCUAUGGCGGAAAGUCAUCGAUGCAUACAUAAUGCCAUGUGCGCCUCGGGAAGUCAACCUUCCAGCGGAUGUCCGCGACCGUCUUCUCCAGCUUCCCUGCUGUAAGGCGAACCCGCCCAAUCCCUCUGAACUCGACGAAGCAGUUCAGAUUGUACGGGAACUAAUUAACGAUUCUGUUCUUGUGCCCUUUCUUGAGUCUGUCGUAUCAGCUGCGGUUGAAUCGCGGGUCGAGGAAGAGUCUCAGGAAUAUAGACAAGGGCGUUCGCGCCUUCGAAUACCAAGGGACAUCGGGCAUGACGACGAAGCAAGCCAGUCACCUAGGUCAUCCUAUCUCCCGCAUUUUAUCAUGGGACGUGGUGGAGUUGGUAAUCGGUCUACCUCUGCCUCGGUAGAAACAGUGUUUGAUUUGGUGACUGAUGAUAGCAGUCCAAAUUCGACUCCUGCAACUGAGCCAAUGACACCACCUACAACACCACCCACCUCAGAUCUUACAUUUAACACUUCACCUAAUACUCUACAAAAAGCUAUUUCGGGAAAUAGUUGGAAGAAGAUGGGUGCAAAGUUAGGAUUGACAAGGAAGAGCAAGUCCGUCCGUCGCACAGACUCAACAUCAGCCAACCAGCCCCCAUUAUGA